CUUAACACAUUAUCUAACCUCGUCCUUCGCUUACGAAUAAUACUAUUACGAUUUUAGUAACAAUAAGUUAAGGUCGACCUAUGUUAAAAUCUUAUAUUAACAUAUUUCAGUGUUGAUUGUUAGCGUAACUGUGAAAACAACUGAACAUGUCUCUUAAAAUAGUUGUCGCGGUAAUUCUUUCAGUGGAAUACGUUUAUGGUAAAGCCAGUAUACCAGAAGACGGUAGAUUGGACUUCAAAGGUCUUGCUACUAAAUAUGGACUAAAAUGUGAGGAACAUGAAGUUGUUACGGAGGAUGGUUACAUUCUUACGAUGUUUCAAGUCCCUGGGGACAAAACUCGCCCAGUACUGUUACUGCAUGGAAUUAUUGAUACCGGUGACGCAUAUAUGAUUAGAGGCAAUGCUUCUUUAGUUGUAGCACUGGUGAAGAAUGGUUACGAUGUUUGGAUUGGGAAUGUAAGAGGCACUGAAUACUCGAGACGUCAUAAACAAUUUAACCCUGAUAUUCACAUGGAAUAUUGGAAUUUCUCCUUCCAUGAAAUUGGUUUGUGGGAUGUCUCCGCUAAAAUUGAUUACAUUCUUAAUAAAACAGGACAAACACAAAUUAGCUGUAUAGGACAUUCACAAGGUACUAGCGCUUUUUUUGUUCUAAAUUCCAUAAGACCAGAAUACAAUGAAAAAAUUAAAUUGCUAGUAGCACUCGCACCAAUUGCAUUUCUACACUAUCUGACUGCAUCUCCUGUAAAAGAAGCAAUUAUGGCAUGGCCUUACAUUUAUAAAUUACUCAAAACAUAUCGUAAGGAAGAAAUAUUAGGAAAAAAUACAUUGGAAAGGUAUAUCUUCGAGAUUGUAUGUUCUCAUGAAAACGCAUAUAAGUGGUGCGUGAAAGGAUUACUUAUGUCAGUAAACGGAUAUGAUUUACAAGAAUUAGAACCCGAGUUUUGGUAUUCUUUAGUAGGCCACUACCCCGCAGGAACAUCAAUUAAAUGCUUUAGUCACUAUCAGCAAAUUUGGACGAAAAAGAAGUUCUGCCAAUUUGACUAUAAUAAAGAUAUGAAUUUGGCCAUUUAUAAUUCUAGCGUACCACCAGAAUAUGAUCUUAGCAAAGUAACCACGAGAGUGGCCUUAGUGACAGGGGCCAAUGACUUAAUGGCCCCUCUCAAGGGUGUCAAGCGUCUGAAACGCCAUCUGCCGAAUUUGGUGGAAUUUAUUGUCUUAAAUCGUGAAACAGCGAACCAUAUAGACUUUUUAUGGGGAAAACAUACGAACAAAUACUUAUUCCCGCAUAUCACGAAUUUGUUGCAGAAAUAUACGUAAUUCUUGCAUAAGUGAUAAUAAAGAAUGAAUAGAGUCAAAACGAUAGAGAAGAACGCAUUCAGCAUAGUAAUUGAGGCCUACCUAAAUAAGAUUACGCUUACUCUUGAAAGUGUAUAUGUAAAUAGAAAACAGUAGAAAAUAAAUAUGUGGACAAUGACUCAGUUAUGGAGUCUCUGGUGUUACUAAUAAAAAAUAAUUUUAAUUCCUAUAUAAGUGUGGUACCCAUAUGUCAAACUGUACAUACAUAAUGUAAUUAUUCAAUUUAUGUAUCAACAUUUGCUUCAUACUCCUUGUUUUGUUUUUAUUCUUUAUUGGUUAUAUGGACAUUUUUGAAACCAGCCCAGUCUUCUAUUGUUAAA